CCAGACCUGAGCCGAGCUCGGCCCGUCUCUCUCCAAUCCCGUGCUGCUCUCCCCAAUUAAAACCCUUCAAAAGUCCAAGGCGAGUUCAAGUGUGUAUAUGAAUCUGAACACACAGACAGAGCUCAGAGAGACACAGCUUCCGCACAAGGCUACAACAAGGCGCGAAACUUCUUUGACCCAAACAGAGGACCCCGACUGUGGCAGUAGUACCAGCUGCUUCUAGUGAUCAUGGUGAAGGAAGAGGAGAUCAUGGCGGAGGCAGGAGGAGGACGCGGCGGCUACAUGGACCUGCUUGGUCUCGGAGAAGACGACUACCUGCUGUGCCUGUCCCCUUCCUCCUACUUCGCUUCCAGCGUCGUCUCUGCCACGACCACCAGCGCCACCACCACUGCUGCCGCGUCGUCGCCUACCUGCGCCUCCUACCUGGACAUGGCUCCUGCCUACCACCACAUGCUGAGCUUCGCUGGCCAAGAUCAGCAGUACCAUGGCGACGGCGUCCUCGGCUUCCAGUACUACGGCGCCGGCGAUCAUGCGAUUCCGGCGGCUGUCCCGCAGAAGUCCAGCCCGACCACCGAGUGCUCCUCCAUCUCCUCCAUGUCGUCCUCGCCGCCUGCGACGGCCAUCUCCGCCGUCUCCUGCUCAAAGCCACAGGCUUUCAAGAAGAAGGGAUCAAGGAGCAGUGAGCAAAGAAAGGCUGCGUCUGCCGCCGCCGCCGCCCCCGCUGCUCCGGCUGCUGCUGGUGGUGGUGCUACGAACAAGAGGCCCAGGGUAAGGAGGGAGAGGCUCGGGGAGAGGAUCAUAGCUCUGCAGCAGCUGGUUUCUCCGUUCGGAAAGUCUGAUACGGCUUCCGUUCUGCACGAGGCGCUGGGAUACAUACGCUUCCUGCACGACCAAGUUCAGGUCCUGAGCUCGCCGUACAUGCAGCGCCAGCCGGCCUCAGCAGCGCACGUCCCGGAGAGCGCGGCGGGGACGGUGGUGGAGCCGCCGCGGCCGAAGGACCUGAGGAGCCGGGGCCUGUGCCUGGUGCCCGUCUCCUGCACGGAGCACCUCGCCGGCAACAGCCACGGCGGCAACGGCGCCGACCUCUGGUCCGUGGCGGCGGGGAUGGCGAAGGCGGCCGCGGACAAGGGCCCUGCCGGCGGAAUGCUGCUGCCUGGUGGUGGUGGUGGUGGUGGUUACCCUCGUCAAGGGCACCUGGCCUAGCUGACUGCGGACACACUUGCUUUACAGAUUAUGCGAAGGGUUUAGGGCUUUCAGUAGGCUCUUUUGGGGGCUAAUCAGUUCCGGCCGUACUCCAUAACCUUUUGCUUGUCUAAAGUAAACUUUUGGGGGGCCGGGUGCUGCUGCUUUUGGUGGGUAAAAAAGGCGCAGGGAUCCAUAUUUGAUCACAGAUGCCACAGCAGCCAGGAUGCGAUGCAAAUGCAACUAUGCAAGCGUCAAGUGUGCAUUGUUUUGGAUGGGGGGUUUUGGUUGUCUUAACUUUAGCUUAAGCUUAAGAGAGAAGGGUGGUAGUAGUAGAAGACAGUGAUGUGAGGAUGCCGAGAUCUUUGGGCACGAAUGUCCCUGUGCUGUCACGCCCAUUGAAUGAAUGCUACUCCUCCGUCGAUGUUGCCUGCUCGGGAGUCGUGCAUUGCAUUGCAUUGCAUUGCAUGGGUGAUUUCCCCUCACCUGCUUGUUGAUCUCGGCAAUCGGUUUGCCAUCCAUCCAUGGUCCUUGGAAGUUGGAACUGCAACAAGCCACUGCAAUUUCAUGCAUUGUUUUUUCGAGGCUCAUGACGGUGCAGUGCUGCACAUCGGAGACGACUCGUUGAAGACUUUUGUACAGUGCGUUGUUCUCGUUCAUGUUCAUCCGACAGUACGGAUCCGCUUCCAUAGCUUUUGGGCAAAGCAGGUCCACUGGACGAGCGUCGCCAGUGGUUCAAAAAGGCUAGCAAAAAGGAAGGAACCUCGCCCUGUUUAUUUGCUUGUAAAAAAUUGUAAAAACGGCAGGCCGACUAUCGCAGGCCUGAGUUAGUGAGUUCUGUUUAUGGCCUCUCAAAAGACCAAAAUAUAAUGCUUCAAUAA